AUGAGAACUGGUUUGAUAAGAAAGAUGGGGUACCUACUUACGGACGCUAUUGAUAAACACCGUAGGCUCCUAAAGCAGCACAGUAGAACUCAUCAGAGUGGAAGUGUUAUGGAGUUGCGUCAUAGUGAUCUGGAGCUGCAUAAACUCGCACGACAAGCAAAGGAUAAGUGGUGGCAGGAGAAGGCUAGUCAGAUGCAGUGGCUCACUGAUACCAACCAGCUCGCUGAUCGAGAAAUGAGUAACGAGAAACGAGACGAGGCACUGAAGAUGGGCCAGUUGGUGUACCAGUUCUAA